AAGAAUCAAACAAACAGAGAUCGAUUUGUAAGAAGAAGAAGUAGAAAACAGGUUCAGUAAUUAUGAAUCCGAUUUCAUCCAGGCUCACCUCAGCCUCUCUUCUCCCUAUCCCUCACACAAUCUCCCUUAUCUCCGCCAUGUCCUUCUCCUCUUCUUCCUCUUCAAGGUCUCUGAAAGUCCCUACCUUUAAGGAAGAAGAAGAGAAGCUGAGACAAGUUCUCAAGUACCACAACCAGACAAAACACUCCUUCACCAAUUACGCAAGAGGCCCUCGAGGUCUCGACUGGGCCAAUCAGCCAAACCCUUUCCGCAGAUACCUCUCUUCUCCUCUCCUCCCUCUCCAACACGACUCGGGCCACGACUCUGUUCUCUACUCUUCUCUCUUCGAAUCCUCCUCGCUUCCUCCUCCAAAACCCAUCUCUCUCUCCACAAUCUCCCACCUCUUCCUCCACUCCCUCGCUCUCUCCGCCUGGAAAACCACCGGAGCCUCCACGUGGCCUCUCCGCGUCAACCCCAGCAGCGGUAACUUGCACCCCACGGAGGCUUACCUCAUCUCUCCCCCCAUCCCUUCGCUCUCCCACCUCCCUUUCGUGGCUCACUACGCUCCAAAGGAGCAUUCUUUGGAGGUCAGAGCUCACAUCCCGCCUACCUUCUUCCCCAGGUUCUUCCCUGAGAACUCUUUCCUCAUCGGUGUCUCUUCCAUCUUCUGGCGUGAGGCUUGGAAGUACGGAGAACGCGCGUUUCGGUACUGUAACCACGACGUGGGUCACGCCAUCGCUGCUCUGGCCGUUGCAGCUGGAGAGCUGGGGUGGGAGUUGAAGCUUCUUGAUGGAUUAGGAAGUGAUGAUCUCAACGUGCUAAUGAAUCUCCCUGAAGUUCCGGAGAUUGAGUCUGAGCAUCCUGAUUGCUUGCUGCUUGUUUUCCCCAAGGGAGGAGCUAGAGAUGUUAUUAACAUAGACUACAAAGGUAUAAGCUCAGCUAUUAGAGAAGGGUUCAGUACUUUGGAGUGGAAAGGGACUCCUAAUGUCCUGAGUAAAGAGCAUUUGCGUUGGGAUAUUAUCUACAAUACAGCUGAAGCAGUCAAGAAGCCUUCAUUGAUCUCAAACUCAUCUUUAAUCGAUGCUUCUUGCUUUAGAGGGAGUGGUGUUGUUAGCAGGAGUUCGUAUAAGGAGUUAACAGUUAGUCAAGUCGUGAGGAUGAGGAGAAGCGCGGUUGAUAUGGACGGUGUUACUUUUAUAGACAAGUCUGCGUUUUACCAGAUGUUGAUGCAUUGUCUUCCUUCUGGCUCUUCCACCAAGGGAGAGCAGCUUGCACUGCCCUUUCGUGCUCUUUCUUGGGACUGUGCUGAGGUUCAUCUUGCUCUUUUUGUGCAUAGAGUUUCGGGUUUGCCCAAGGGUUUGUAUUUUCUGGUGAGAAACGAGGAUCAUCUCGGUGAUCUCAAGAGAGCUAUGAGGUCUGAGUUUGAGUGGAGGAGACCAGAUGGUUUCCCUGAGGAUCUUCCUCUGUAUAUGCUCGCCGAGGGUGAUUGUCAAAGGCUGGCAAAAGGACUAUCAUGUCAUCAGGACAUUGCAGGGGAUGGGUGCUUCAGCCUAGGGAUGGUGGCUCGGUUUGAACCAGUGAUGAGGGAGAUGGGCUCGUGGAUGUACCCUCGGCUGUUUUGGGAGACGGGUGUUGUUGGGCAAGUUUUGUACUUGGAAGCACAUGCAAUGGGGAUAUCAGCAACUGGGAUAGGAUGUUAUUUUGAUGAUCCGGUUCAUGAGGUUCUUGGGAUUAAAGACUCAAGUUUUCAGAGUCUGUACCAUUUUACAGUGGGAGGUCCGGUUUUAGACAAGCGGAUCAUGACUCUUCCUGCUUAUCCUGGUCCCACCAGUGAUGUCUAGAUUAUACUCUAGUCUUUGUUGAGUCUGUAAACAAAUCUUGUUUUAGUGAUUUAUAGUGUAAUAAAAGAUACAACUCACAUAAAGUUUCCAAACCGGUUCUUUAAAGAGGACACCCAUGUAUGAUCAUUUAUUAUUCAUCU